AAUAGAGACUAAUUUGAAAAGAAUAUCACAAAGUCAAACAUAUACAGAAGAAGUUAGAUUACAAAUUAGUGCUUCAAUUAACUAUUCAAAAUGUAAAUAUUCUAUGAAUACUAAAAUAAUGCAUGUGUUACUGGAUCUUGAUGAGACCAUUGAUGAACGUAUCCAUAUAUUAGCAAAUAUUUAUCAUGAUGUAUUCAGAGGUGACACUUGUUGUCAACUAAUAUUUAAUAAUUUACCUGGUAUGAAGAGUUCAGAAUGGAAAAAUUCACUUAAACAACAAUUUGGUUCAUUAGGACUUUCUGCUUUGGGUAAAUCAACUUUAAUAGGUGCUUUAGAAUAA